AUGUUUGAAUCUCGUCAGUUAUCUUAUUUCGACCUGGUGGUGCAUUCCAUCGAGUGUAACCGAAGGGGUCUCACCGACGCGUUCGGGACAUCCGAUCUCAAACACCGAGUUAAAUCGUACCUAGACGAGCUCACCGCGAAGAGCGAGCACACGAAGCCCAUUGCCACCGCCAUCACCGAGAAGCUCGUCAAAAACUUGCCCUUAAUCAAACACAGCAAGCACAACAACGCCGCCAUCCACCACAUACCCACCACCAUCACGCAGCACACCUGCCCGGCCGACGACACCCUGACCCCGCACAACGUCGCGCUUACUCUCAUCCACCCGGUAACCGCCAACAUCAUGGAGCACGCGGCCUGCAUCCCCAUGCUCUCGCGUACGCUGGAGUCCUGGAUCAGCGUCAGGCCGUGGUUCCGGCCCGCCGAUAGCUGGCUAGGGCCGAAGCCGGAUCCUACAGUAGUAUGUAUGUGGAACGAGCGCGACCUGAUCGCGCUGGCCUACCACCUGCACGAGACGGCGGGCGCCGUGCGGGCGCUGCCGCGGGCGUGCACCAAGCUCGCGCGCGACCGCCUGCCGCCGCUGCACAGCGCGGCCCGCGAGCUGGCGGGGCUGCUGCAGAGGCUGGCCGAGCUGGAGGAGAAGCAGCCCGGCGUAGUGGGCGCCCUCGGGCAGGAGAUGCCGCGCAGGGUCGGGGACUUGGCGGAGUGGGAGGCGAAGGGCUCCGAGUCGACGGCGCUUCUGCGGCGGGCUUGGGCGGAUACGAAGCGGUGUAUGAACAGGGUCCAGGCUACGUGUUCUUGGAUGCUGUUGGAUACGCAGUCGUUGUCGUCCGAUAUCGGGGGGCUGGGGAGUAUGGUAAAGAUGCUGCUUGAGUGGGAGCGAAGGAAGGUGGUUACCAAGUGGCUGGGGAGCUGUGUAUGGUGUGCGGGUCAACUGGUUGCGGUCUUGCAGGAGGCGCGGUCUUCGAUUGAGGAGGUGUAUAGUGUCGUGUGGGCGGAUAUCACCUUGUUUAAGGAGCUUAUUGGGAUCACAAACCGGGCCCGCAGUGUUCUGCGGAUUUCGCAGAUUUUAUCCGACUUUAAGGAGGCGACGCGACAAGCAAACGAUAUGGUGCGGUGCACCGGGGAGAUGAUGAACCGGUUUUCGUCGUGGAGCGAGACUAUUGAGGGUGUGCAAUAUGCUUUCCGAGAGUGGGAGCUGCAUGGAGAGACUGGAACUAGAGGCGGAAUCGAAGAGAAAAACUGAGUUGGAC